GGUCAGGGAGGGGGAGAUGGGCCCUGAGGGGCCCGUUGGAGUGCUUAGGAGGUGAACAUUUCCAAGGCUUGUGCGCUGGUGGGGUGGGGUGGGGUGGGGGUGGGGGACACACACGAUGACCUUCCCCUCCUCAGGAAGGCCUAGAAGGGAGAGGCAGCCCCCAGCCAGGUCUCCCCCCCCCCCACACCCCCUUAGGCUGGUGAUUUUCAGAGACUUGUUGGCAACUCAGCGAGGGUUGCCAUAGCUUUUUUAUGUAGGGUGACCAGAACCGGCUGAAACUGGUUUGAGGCAGAUCAGCUCCUGAACACAAUGCAGUCACUGAGCUACUACAGUGGGAUAGCAGCUUCCUCCCUUCAUGGCAGCCAAAAGCAGAGGAGCUUGCAGGAAGGUGCCAUCCCUACACAGUAUGUGAAUGCACACUUAGACACUACACAGCACUGGUACGUGACUAAUGGAACCCUAAAAAGAUCCUGUGUAGAGACGAUGGGGAAAAAAAAAAGGUGCAGGUUUGCAAGGUCUGAAAUGACUUGGGCUUUUCCUGCCUUUUUCUUUUUGCUUAAGGGAUGGACAAGGAGCUGAGAUUUAUGACCCUUAUUAAAGAAAAAAAAAAUUGCCUUGCUAGGGUGGGGACACUUGGUUUGUGCAGUCUCUCUUUCUCUCUCUCUCUCUUUCUCUGUGCUUUUUUUUUUUUAAACAAAACAAAAACCAGGAUGAACUGAUGGAUUCGUAAUGGUAGUUUGUUUGUUGCUGGAGAAUGCUACUUUGCAUGCCUUUUUUUUUUUUUUUCUCUUGCAGGCUGUGUUCUGUUUUGUGCUUUUCCUUUUAGAAGCUCCUAAAGGGUGUUGGGGAUACUUCUGACUAUUAUGAAGGCCAAAAGGCCUGUUGACUGGGGCUGCUUUUAACCCUUUCCUAUUUGCAGAGAAUGCAGCCGUGUGACAGUAACUGAACACUGGCCCAAAGUCUUUCCCAAAGGUCAAGGUUCAUAAGGAUUUUUCACUCGAGUCAAGUGGUGGAAUGUCCUUUAUUGAUUUUGGGGGCUGUGGACGGCCAGUCUUUCCAGCUGCAUAGGCUGCAGAGCCCCGUCCCUGGGGCAGCAAUCAUGAGCUCACCGUGGAUUGGAGCUGGCCUCAGGUGUUGAUCUCCCGCUGGGCUCUAACAAUGCAGCAGGCCCUGGUCUCCGGGGGAGCAGGACCUGAGAAUCCUGGAGAAUAUGCAAGGGCUUGUUCCUGCCUGGGAGAACCGGGGCAGCCGAGAGAGCCCGGGCAGGCCAGCCCAGGCACCCACACUCGGGGCGGGGCCUGCACUCGAGUCUGAGCCUGGCGCCUGCUCGGAAUGGCCUGUGGCUGUCUCCUUGGAGGACGACCUGCAGGCCUUCCCUCUGCGAGCUGGAAUGUGUGGGUUUGGCCCAGGCUACACUGGAAGGAAAGUAACAUCUGAUCAAAUUCAUGACCAUGGGGGAUAUGAAGACCCCAGACUUUGAUGACCUCCUGGCAGCAUUUGACAUCCCAGAUAUGGUCGAUCCCAAAGCAGCUAUUGAGUCUGGACACGAUGACCACGAAAGCCACAUCAAGCAGAAUGCUCAUGUGGAUGACGACUCCCACACCCCGUCGUCCUCUGACGUGGGUGUCAGCGUGAUUGUGAAGAACGUGCGGAACAUCGAUUCCUCCGAGGGCGCGGAGAAGGAAGGCCACAAUCCCACAGGGAACGGCUUGCACAACGGGUUCCUCCCAGCGUCCUCACUGGAUGGUUACAGUAAAGAUGGAGCCAAGUCCUUGAAAGGAGACGUGUCUACCUCAGAGGUGACUCUCAAAGACUCCGCGUUCAGCCAGUUCAGCCCUAUUUCCAGUGCUGAAGAGUUUGAUGAUGAUGAGAAGAUCGAGGUGGACGACCCGCCUGACAAGGAGGAGGUGCGCUCCGGUUUCAGAUCGAAUGUCUUACCGGCCUCUGUUUCUCAGCAGGACUGUGAUAAACUAAAGGCACUUGGAGGAGAAAACUCAGGCAAAACAGGAGUGGCUACGCCAGGCAGUCUGGAUAAAAACAAAGUCAAGAGAGAAACAGAAAGCAAUUCCAUCAAUCUGAGUGUUUAUGAAUCCUUUAAAGUCAGAAAGCUGGAGGACAAGUUGAAGGAGAACUCUGAGAAGGUGCUCGAAAACAGGGUCCUUGACGGGAAGCUGAGCUUGGAGAAGAAUGACAUCAGCCUUGUCGGGGUGGUGCCAUCCAAGACCAAGGCUGCCUCCAAGCUCUCGUCCUGCAUAGCCGCCAUCGCGGCCCUGAGCGCCAAAAAGGCGGCGUCCGACUCCUGCAAAGAGCCCGUGGCCAACUCCAGGGAAGCCUCUCCCUUACCGAAAGAAGAAAACGACAGCCUGAGGGCCGCCGACAAGUCUCCCGAGUCCCAGAGCCUCAUCGAUGGCCCCAAGAAAGCCUCCCUCAAGCCGUCGGACAGUCCCAGGAGCAUCUCGAGUGAGAACAGCAGCAAGGGGUCCCCGGCGUCGCCCGCAGGGUCCACGCCGGCCAUCCCCAAGGUCCGCAUCAAGACCAUCAAGACAUCUUCCGGGGAGAUCAAGCGGACGGUGACGCGGGUGCUGCCGGAAGUGGAUCUCGACUCGGGGAAGAAGCCUUCCGAGCCCACGGCGACGGUGAUGGCUUCUGUGACGUCGCUUCUGUCCUCUCCAGCCUCGGCCGCCGUCCUCUCCUCUCCCACCAGGGCCCCCCUCCAGGCGGUCUCCACUGCCGAGCUGACCCCCAAGCAGGUCACCAUCAAGCCCGUGGCCACCGCGUUUCUCCCCGUGUCUGCCGUGAAGACGGCCGGGUCCCAGGUCAUCAAUCUGAAGCUGGCGAACAACACGACGGUGAAAGCCACGGUCAUCUCUGCUGCCUCGGUCCAGAGUGCCAGCAGUGCCAUCAUUAAAGCCGCCAACGCCAUUCAGCAGCAAACCGUUGUGGUGCCAGCGUCCAGCCUGGCGAACGCCAAACUCGUGCCAAAGACUGUGCACCUUGCCAACCUUAACCUUCUGCCUCAGGGUGCCCAGGCCACCUCUGAACUCCGCCAAGUGCUCACCAAACCUCAGCAACAAAUCAAGCAGGCAAUAAUCAAUGCAGCGGCCUCGCAGCCACCCAAAAAGGUGUCCCGCGUGCAGGUGGUGUCGUCCUUGCAGAGUUCGGUGGUGGAAGCUUUCAACAAGGUGCUGAGCAGUGUCAACCCAGUCCCAGUUUACAUCCCCAACCUCAGUCCUCCCGCCAACGCGGGCAUCACGAUCCCCAUGCGCGGGUACAAGUGCUUGGAGUGCGGCGACUCCUUCGCGCUGGAGAAGAGCCUGACCCAGCACUACGACCGGCGCAGCGUGCGCAUCGAAGUCACCUGCAACCACUGUACCAAGAACCUCGUUUUUUACAACAAGUGCAGCCUCCUUUCCCACGCCCGGGGACAUAAGGAGAAAGGGGUGGUCAUGCAGUGCUCCCACCUAAUCCUCAAGCCCGUCCCAGCCGAUCAAAUGAUAGUUUCUCCGUCUAGCAAUACUUCUGCUUCCUCUCCUACUCUGCAGAGCUCUGUGGGAGCCGGCACACACACUGUAACCAAAAUCCAGUCUGGCAUUACGGGGACGGUCAUAUCGGCUCCUUCCAGCACACCCAUCUCCCCAGCCAUGCCCCUAGACGAAGACCCCUCCAAACUCUGUAGACACAGUCUCAAAUGUUUGGAGUGUAACGAAGUCUUCCAGGACGAGACGUCGCUGGCCACACAUUUCCAGCAUGCUGCAGAUACGAGUGGACAAAAGACUUGCACUAUCUGCCAGAUGCUGCUUCCUAACCAGUGCAGUUAUGCUUCACACCAGAGAAUCCACCAGCACAAAUCUCCCUACUCCUGCCCCGAGUGUGGGGCCAUCUGCAGGUCGAUGCACUUCCAGACCCACGUCACCAAGAACUGUCUGCACUACACACGGAGAGUUGGUUUUCGAUGUGUACAUUGCAAUGUUGUGUACUCUGAUGUGGCUGCACUGAAGUCUCACAUUCAAGGCUCUCACUGUGAAGUCUUCUGCAAGUGCCCUAUCUGUCCAAUGGCGUUUAAGUCUGCCCCAAGCACACAUUCCCACGCCUACACACAGCAUCCUGGCAUCAAGAUAGGAGAACCAAAAAUAAUCUAUAAGUGUGCCAUGUGCGACACUGUGUUCACCCUGCAAAACUUGCUGUAUCGCCACUUUGACCAGCACAUUGAAAACCAGAAGGUGUCUGUUUUCAAGUGUCCAGACUGUUCUCUUUUAUAUGCCCAGAAGCAACUUAUGAUGGACCAUAUCAAGUCUAUGCAUGGAACAUUGAAAAAUAUUGAAGGGCCUCCCAACUUGGGUAUACACUUGCCUUUGUGCAUUAAGCCUACGUCUCAAAAUUCAUCAAACCACAGCAAAGAGGACACCAAGUCUAUGAAUGGGAAAGAGAAAUUGGAAAAGAAGUCACCGUCUCCUGCAAAAAAGUCCGUGGACUCCAAGAAGUCGACCAUUCUUGGGUGGACUUGUUGGGAGUGUGACCGCCUGUUCACGCAGAGGGAAGUGUACAUCUCCCACAUGAGGAAGGAGCACGGGAAGCAAAUGAAGAAGCACCCCUGCCGCCAGUGUGACAAGUCCUUCAGCUCUUCCCACAGCCUGUGCCGCCACAAUCGGAUCAAGCACAAAGGCAUCCGCAAAGUCUACACCUGCUCGCACUGCCCGGACUCCAGGCGGACCUUCACCAAGAGGCUGAUGCUGGAGAAGCACGUCCAGCUCAUGCACGGGAUCAAGGAUCCGGACCUGAAGGAAAUGACAGAGGCCACCAACGACCAGGAGGUGGAAAUAAAGGAAGACGCGAAGGCCCCCAGUCCCAAGCGGAAGUUGGAGGAGCCGGUCCUGGAGUUCCGGCCCGCCCGCGGCGCCAUCACGCAGCCCCUGAAGAAGCUGAAGAUCAACGUGUUCAAGGUGCACAAGUGCGCCGUGUGCGGCUUCACCACGGAGAACCUGCUGCAGUUCCACGAGCACAUCCCGCAGCACAAGUCGGACGGCUCGUCCUACCAGUGCCGCGAGUGCGGCCUGUGCUACACGUCGCACGUGUCCCUGUCGCGCCACCUCUUCAUCGUGCACAAGCUCAAGGAGCCGCAGCCGGCCGGCAAGCAGAACGGGGCCGGGGAGGACGGCCAGCAGGAGAACCAGCCGGGCCCCGACGACGAGGCGGCCGACGGCGCCGUGUCGGACCGCAAGUGCAAGGUGUGCGCCAAGACCUUCGAGACGGAAGCUGCCUUAAACACUCACAUGCGCACCCACGGCAUGGCCUUCAUCAAGUCCAAGAGGAUGAACGCCGCCGACAAAUAGCCCGCCGCCGUCCACGCCGCCCCCGACGCCGCCCCGGACACCCCCGGCCUGGGCGCGGGGCACGCGGGGCGCGGCCAGGCUAACUGCACUAUCUCCCCAUCCGCGUCCCAGGACCAUCCAGACAGUAUUUGCGUUCGAAAGAGUUUGUAUAUAUUUAAAUGAUAACUUUUUAUACUCUUUGUUACAUGUUUGUAUCAGUAUUUAGUAGAACCAAUGUUUCCAGGUGUCUUUUUUUUUUUUAAUUUGUUUGGUUUCGUUUUGUUUUUUGUUGUUGUUUGUUCGUUCGUUGGUUUGUUCAGAUGGGUUUUUAACUGUUCUUUUUCUUUUUGUACUGUUUUCCUUACAACAGAGUUCUUAGUCCUCGGGGCAGUUCCUGAAUUCAACCAUUUUUGUAUCGUCACCAAUUUUGAAUGGGUUGAUUAACUAAGUAACAGGCUAACGUAAUGCCUUUUUUUUAAGUCUUUUAAAUUUUUUUAGAAUCCACUACUACAUAAUUUGUAGGUGGUUGUGGCCCUCACAACACUAGAAACUUUGAAGUGUCUUAGCACUACCCCAGCGUGCCUGCUCCCAGGGGGCCAGGGUGUGUGGGACCCCCGACCCUCGUUCCCAGUGACCGCCAAGGCAGCCUUGCAGGGCCUCUCUGCCCCCCCACGAUCGGGUCCACCAGGCCAGAAGCCAGUAAGUGAUGUAUGUACAUUUCCUCCAUUCCCCCCGAAGAAAGGGGCAAGAAGGGAAUUACAAAGUGGUGAAAACCAAGGCCGAUGGUUUUCCGGGCAGACAGGCAAGGCUGAUGUAAAGAGCACAAGGAGAUACGCUAGGAAAGGGCUGGAUUACUGUUAAAGUUCCCCCUGGGGAGUCAGACCUAGCUCCGUCUAGUCAGGUUUUUCUCAUGUCACUUAUUACCUAUUACAAACACAACUACGAGUAUCAAGUAUUUUUCUCUGGCUCUUGACAGGAAAAAAAAAAGUCAUAGUUGACCUACCCCUUUGCCGUCUACAUAGUUGGCGUUUCCUGUUCUGGGUGCUACUGCCAAACGUUCUGGUACUUAGAGUUGGGAUGCACAACUUCAACCACCGACCUUCAGUGCAGCUGCCUGCAAAGGGCAACUGGCCAUUAGGUCAAGCACUGAGCCAACCACCGGCUUUCGUUUAGCAUUUCAAUAACAAGCUCCUGUCUGCGGUUCUGCUUAGCACCACACAGGUGCUCUUCUGUCCCUUCCGUUCAUAGUUCUCUGGGAGAGUUAUAAACACACUAUGUUAUAUAUACACACACACAUACAUAUAUACAUAUAUGUGUGUGUAUAUAUAAUGUAUAUUUUGUUUUUGGGUUUUGUGUUUUCUUUUGCAUUUUGUACCUUGUACUUAUCCCCAAACAUGUUUUAUACUUUUAUUCCCCCCCCAUGAAGAGGAAUUCUUUUAUGUACAUAUAGAUACUUGCAUGGUAGACUGUAGUUGAUGUUUGAUUCCUCAAAAGGUCUUGCUGCUGUCAGGUGUAGGCCCCACAGCCAUCAUGACUGUAUUACACACAUUUCACAUGUAAAUAAAACGCGGGACAUUUGGCCUUGUGCUUCUGUGAGAGAGUUCUUGAUGGUGGGGCUGACAUCCUGGAGUUUAGGAAGUGAUGCAUUGCUGGAUGGAAUGGGCUACCAGGUCCUGCAGGAUUCUUUCCAUCCCGAAGAAUGGCCUCCUCGUUCUCCUCAGUCACCAGCUGACUGUUCUGUCGCUUUCUCGUUGACUCCAUCCUCCGCACAUCGGUACAAUCGAAGGGUAUGACAAAGUGUUCCUCAGCUUGAAGUUGGAUCGCUGUUACCUGUUCUGUUUGUAUUGCUCUAAGUUGUAUUCAUGGCACUUCCACAUUGUUUCUGCAUCGGAACCUUGCAAUAAGCCUGCGUGGCGGCCAUGCAGGUCUGUACAGCCUAGAUUUACAGUCGAGGAAGCGGAGCUCUGGAUUCUUUGCCUAAGCCCUCGUACCUGCUGAGUGGCUUUGAGUAUUAGAACCCAAACAUUUUGCUCUAAAUCUAGUGCUCGCUCUUUGUGGUUAUGUACAUAUUGACAAAUAUUCAUUUAUUCAACAAAUAAAAAAAAAAGUAUGUGCAAAACAUGA